AUGGAAAAUCCAGACGUGAAACACACUAAUCAGCAUAGCUUUCCAAGUGUCAAGUGCAUACAUCAAAAUUCCUCCACGAUAUUCUACACUCUGGAACAUAUUCAUCAGAAUACUUUCAGCCAACAGUCUGAUAGCAUACAGUCGACAAUAAGGAAUUCAUUUCAAAAGGCAACAACAUCCACGUCAGCAUUAUAUACUGCAUCACCUGGUCCUCCACAUAAACGUGCAGUUGCCAAUUUAAGAGAACGUAAACGUAUGCGUUUGAUUAAUCAUGCAUUCGAUGGAUUGCAAUCGCAUUUACCUAAGGAAUUAUUAUAUUCGAAUGGAUUAUUCAAUAGUAUGAAUUCAAGAAUUUGCAAUUCAUUUCUAUAUGAAAAACAAAGAUUUAUUGUUGAGUUAAUCAAUAAACAAGUGGAUGGCCAAUUGAUAAAGGCGACUAAGAAUCCAAUCAACUCACAUUUGCACAGACAAACCGUUUCGAAAGUUGAUGUAUUAAGAGCUGCAAUCAAUUAUAUCCAGAUACUUGAAAAGAUCUUGGACGAACUGAAAGCUGAACAUUGCUCUGAAACAUGGAAUACUGAUGCUUAUCAGAGAAGUUCACUUAAACUCAAAUGUAAGCAAUCACAAGCUGAUACACAUCCGGUUAGUUGUUUCUGUUCGAUCAGGCAUUCUCAAGAACAAUUUAUGAACGAGUAUCACAAACAGUUGUUGAGUGGUACAGUGAUCAAAACUGGUACUUUUUAUUCACAAAAAUGGAAAAUAAACGAUAGUAGCGAAAUUGAAUCUCUUUGA